CCAAAGGCACGGGGUUUUGAGUGAGGAGCCCUUAGCUCCAGUGUGGGGGGGUGACCUUGGCUGCUCUUGGGGGCACCGGCCAGGUGGUGGGGCCUCACACCCGGGCUGCGAUAGGGCGAGACAAGGUGAAGUGGGGCCGGCAGUGUGAACAUUAACUGGGCUGUGGCAGCCUGCUUGUGCCUGCAGCCUUGUCACAGGCCUCAGCGGCAGCAGCAUGGCCACGGCAAACGACAGGGCCGUCCUGCAGACCAUCUUUAACCCCAGCACCCCUUUUGGGGAUAUCCCAGGGUUGGAUGAGGAAGAGGAAGAUGUCCAGGAUGAAGUGGAAGCUUUUCCAUUGGAGCUGCUGGAUCAAGUCCGGGAGCUGGAGCUGCAGGGAGUUUCUGCGGCUGAGUCAGGAGACAUAAGCACGGCCCUGGAGCGGUUCAGCGAGGCCAUUCGGCUGCUGCCUGAGCGCGCCUCGGGCUACAACAACCGGGCCCAAGCCCUACGCCUGCGCGGGGACGUGGCAGGCGCCCUGCAGGACCNAGCUGGGCCACAUCCUCCGACCCUGCUGUGUACUGGAACUCUGGGGCCCAGCGUGGUGGACGCCCUCAUGCCCCUGCUCUAG